AUGGAAACACAGCUGAGAAGUCAGAAGUCAGAACUACAGACGGAGGAGGUGGAGAAAUCUGAGAGGAAGAAGGAAAACAAAGAUGCAAAGACGUCGUUCUCGGUGGAGAAAGAGACGGAUUGGCUUCCAGAAACCGACACAAAGAAGAUCGUGUUCGUUAAAAUGAGGAGCGAGGAAGAGAAAAGUGAACGGAGAAACAACCAAGAGGAAAGUUUUGAAGUAGAAAACAAGAAGGAAACAAAACUGCUUCCAGAAACGGAGAUAAAGCAACAACUGCAAGGUCAGAAAUCAGAGAAUUUAGUGCAAAAUGUGGGAAAACCCGAGUUUCUAGCAGAAAGAGAGGAAACUUUUGUGAUGGAAAGCGAGGAGGAGACAAAACUGCAUCCAGAUACGGAGCUAAAGCAGCAGAUACAAGGUCAGAAAUCAGAAAUACAGCUGCAGAUAUCAGGAAAACCUGAGUUUGUUGCACGACCACAGGAAAGUGUUGCAGUAGAAAUCAGGAAGGAGACGAAGCUGCUUCCGGGAACUGAGAUAAAGCAACAAUUAAAGGAUCAGAAAUCAGAGAAUCCAGAGCAGAAAUCUGGACUGACUGACUUUGUAGCAGCAGCAGCUCAGCCGGGACGGAGGCAGGAGGAGUUACCGGCUCCACCGGUUCAACAGGUGAACACUGAGCAGGUAUGCACCGAGGCUCCGCCCCCCAGGCCGGGGGAGGGGCCUCAGGUGGAAACAGAAGCCCACGCUAAUGGAGGGAAGCAGGAGGGACGAGAUCAGACCGACGGCGGCUCUGGAGGACCUGAAGAAACCUCCAGAGGACCUGAAGUCACAGCAGGAGGAGAAGAGCUGAGUUUAGACCAGAAAACCAAAGAAACCUCAGCAGAAAACUCUGCAGCAGCUCAGGUGGAAGACGGCAGGAAUCCACGGAGCAGCAGAGAGGAUUCAGACGGCAGCAGGACGAAGCCGGAGCAGCCGGCAGCGAACCCACGGCAUCCUGAGGAGGCUAAAGCAGCAGCUGGACGUCACAGGUUCCUUCAGGCUCCACCAGUCUUCUCUCCAGUAGUUGAGCUGGAAUCAGAGGACAUCAUGAGUUCGGGCUACAGCAGCCUGAGCACCAAACUGUCCUUUAAGAGCUCGUCUCCUCCCAGAGAAGACGAAUCCAAGCAGCGCUUCCGGAAAGUUUCUCUGGUCAGCGACGGCGAUGACCCUCAGGACACGGUGGACUUUAAUAAAACAGAGUCUGAACCAGAGUUCAGGUGGAAGAACCGAUUCGAGGGAGUGACUCAGUUCAGAGCCAGCAGAGACCAGGAUUUCUCUGGUCCACCUGAAGCAAUCCUACACCUGAGCUCCUCCUCCUCCUUUGCAGAGCAACAUGUGAGCCAGGAGGGGAGGAGCUCUGAAGGCUGGGAGGAGCCAGCAGGUGAAACAGGAGCUCCGAUAGAAGCAGCAGCAGCUCAGAGGAUCAGCGACCGACCGGAGACGCAGCAGCUUCCAGAGGAGUCAGAGUUCAGCGGAGUGUUCAAGGCCACGCUGGUGGAGCUGGUCUCUGAUCCUGCAGCUCCUCCGGCCUCCCCCGAAGAAGAAGAGGAAGAGUCCCCCAUCCAGAGCGACAUGGACAGCCUGGUGGACACCCUGAGGAGCAUGGGACCCUCCAUGAGGCCGAGGACCACCAACGCCGUCCGGCCGGCCCCCCCUCAGCUCAUGUCCUCGCUGCCCCCCAUCGUGGAAGACGCUCCGAGUCCCGUCAGCGCUGAUGCUCCGGACGGGAAGAAGGUCCUGAACGGACUGUACGCCCUGCCGGCUGACCUGGGACUCAGAGCCCCCAGAGAGUCCAGGUCUCCUCUGGAGCUCAUGAAGCAGAGCCAGGACCAGCAGCUGCCUGGAUCCAGAGUCCUGAACCUUCCUCUGAGAGGAUCGACCUCCAACACUCUGGGACUGAGGAAACUUUCUGACUCGUCUCCUGAGGAUUUACAGUCCACCAUGUUGAAUGGGAACGGAGCUCUUCCGUCGUCUCGCCUCGACAACAGCGUCCUCUUUGGCAGCUACAGAUCUUCGUCCAUUGAUCAGACGCUGGAGAAUGGAAAAGCCCAUCGUCCAAUCUUUCGCACCGGCUCCCUGCCAGAAACCGGCCUCUCCAACGACCGCAUCAGCGCCAGCCCCAAGGACCUCGGCGACCCAGCAGGGACUCGCUUCGAGAGGUUCGCCUUCCUGGUGAACCCCUCGUCCCCCCAGUCGGGCUCUCUGACUGGAGCUGAAGAUGGAGGACGGAUGAGCAGACCUCCAUCGCUGGGCGUCGGCUCUCCGCCCCACAGCAACAGUCCGACCCGCCUCCUCAGCCCCACCGGCUCCAUUGAUCUCCACAGGGCCUUCGGCGUCCCGGAAUCGCCGCUGUCCAUGACCACUCCCAUCCUGCAGAGGAGCUUCAGCAGCGAGGGCCUGCCGGGGGUCCAGACCUCGUUGUUCAGCAACGUUCACGGAGGGUCUCAGUUCCAGAACCAAGAACCGGAACUAGACAGGAACUUAGUGUCAAAAUACAGAGCAUUCCCUGAUGCCUACCUCACCAAAGAGAAGGAACACGGGAAGCUCAACCCUCGACCUGGAAAGAUGUACAUAUUCGACCGGCCAGGGAUGUGCGGUCAGAGGUUCGAGGUUCGAAGUGACGUGGUCGAUGCGACGCCGUGGGAGCUGCAGGAAACCAUCUCCAUCAGGGUGGUCAGAGGAGGCUGGGUUCUGUACGAGAAACCAAACUUUAAAGGGGAGAAAAUCGCUCUGGAUGAAGGCGACAUUGAGCUGACGUAUCCCUACAACCUUCCUGAGGAGGAGCUGCAGAACGGACAGAAGGAAGGUGGACAACCCAGCGGAGAAGCAAAGGACGAGCAGACGGAGGCGAAACCAGCCAGGAAGUUCAUCAUCGGAUCGAUACGACGAGCCGUCAGGGACUACAGCGUCCCAGAAAUCAGUCUUUUCCCAGAGGAGAACGCUGAGGGGAAGAAGGUGAUCUUCAGGGACACUUCAGACGACGCCAGGAUCUUCGGUUUCCCCAUCAAGGCCAACUCCAUCAUCAUCAACGCCGGCCUGUGGCUGGUCUACGCUCAGCCCUUCUUCCAGGGCGUCCCACGGGUCCUGGAGGUGGGCGGCUACACAAACCCAGCAGCCUGGGGGGUGGAGCAGCCCUAUGUGGGGUCUCUGCACCCACUCAAAGUAGGUGAACCAAGAGUGGAAAAUCUGAGUGAACCAAAGAUUGUGAUCUACGACAAGCCGUACUUCAGCGGUAAAUCCAGAACCAUCAGCACCAACAUGAGGGACUUCAUGACCAGAAUGGACCGGCAGCAGAUGGUCUUCAUGUACAACGUCGGUUCCCUAAAGGUUCUGGGAGGGAUCUGGGUGGGCUACGAGAAGGAGGGUUUCCGUGGCAACCAGUACCUGCUGGAGGAGGGCGAGUACCACGACUGGAGGGUGUGGGGAGGAAUCGAUGCCGAGCUGAGGUCCGUCCGGCUGAUCCGAGCGGACCUGUCUGACCCCCUGCUGGUGAUGUUCGAGCAGCCGGAGGAGGAGCAGGAUGGAGUUCAGAAUGAAAACACCUUCGAGGUGACCGAGGCCAUCCCAGACGUGGAGCUGUUCGGCUACAAGACCUCCACCAGGUCCAUCCACGUCCUCAGCGGGGCGUGGAUCGCCUACUCUCAUGUGGACUUCUCUGGGAACCAGUACAUCCUGGAGAAAGGCUUCUACAAUAACUGUGCUGACUGGGGAUCAGUGGACCCUCGGAUCUGCUCGGUUCAGCCCAUCUUACUGGCUCCAAAUGACAGCUCAAAGACCAGGAAUGAGAUAAUCCUUUACUCUGAGCCGGACUUCGAGGGCCAGUGUCACAUCAUGGACCGGAACCAGGAGGCGGUUUCAGAAACAGUCCUGACCAAGUCGUGCCGAGUGUCGGGAGGAAGCUGGGUUCUCUACGACAACAAGCAGUUCUCUGGAAACAUGUACGUCUUAUCUGAAGGAGAUUAUCCCAGUCUGAGCAGCAUGGGCUGCCCCGCCGGCUGCACCAUCAGAUCCAUCAAGGUGGUUCCCAUGAUGUUCUCUCUUCCCUCCAUCUCCAUGUUCGGCCUCGAGUGUCUGGAAGGAAGAGAAAUCACCACCGACACCGAGAUCGUCAGCCUGGUGGAGGAAGGUUUCAACAACCACAUCCUGUCUGUCAGAGUCAACAGCGGCUGUUGGGUGAUAUGUGAACACAGUAACUACAGGGGGCGCCAGUUCCUCCUGGAACCCAUCGAGAUCACCAACUGGCCCAAAUUCAGCUCCAUGCAGACCAUCGGCUCCAUGUACCCCAUCAGACAGGUUGUUCUGCUUUCCAUAGAGGUGAAACUGAGCCACAGUGAAGAAACAAAAAACACCCAGGACCUGCUUGACAUUUUGACGGUUGACGUCUUCGCCUGUGACUGUUUUGCUCUGGGAGAUAUUUGGGAAGUUUGGGAGGGUCGCACUCAGGUCAAGUAA